GCUGGUGGGUGUGGGAGGGGACUCUUAUUCUGAAGUGUAUGUGGGCGCUAGAGUGAUAGCGGAAGUGCGUGCCGCUAGUCGCUGCAGUUCAGGCGGAUCCCGUCAGUGUCUGAUCACAAACUUUCUGUCAAAUCCGAAAAACACCCGAAACCCGGUGACAUGGGGGAUAAGGAGUUGAUGUGGGCCCUGAAGAAUGGAGAUCUGGAUGAAGUGAAGGCUCUGCUGGUGAAGGCGGAGGAUGUGAACAGGACUCUGGAGGGAGGACGCAAGCCGCUUCAUUACGCUGCAGACUGCGGUCAGACCGAGAUGCUGGAGUUUCUGCUGUCUAAAGGAGCCGAUGUGAACGCUCCAGAUAAACACGGCAUCACUCCGCUGCUGUCUGCUACCUACGAGGGUCAUGUGACCUGCGUCAAGAUUCUUCUAGAAAAGGGUGCUGAUAAGGAUCGGAAAGGUCCGGAUGGUCUCAGUGCGUUCGAGGCGGCCGAGAGCGAUGCUAUUAAAGCUCUUCUGAAGUGAGUUGGACGCUGCCGGCAGCGGAGAGGUUCUGACCACAACCACUGGAUCCAGCAAACACACACACACACAAACACACACACACACACACACCUCUCUGUCUCCGCCCACUGCAGCUCCUCUAGGUUUCCUUUUGUUUUCCUCCAUGACCGUUUUAUUUUAUUUGGGGGAGGAGCUUAAUUUCCCCUCCAGUUGAUCAGAGUCAGCCAUUGGCUGAUGGACCUGUCACUCAUGCCUCCCAUAAGGACCAAUGGGAAGUCCUGUCUAACACCACUAAACACGGACUUUAGAGUUCAGACUACAGCGAGUGUAUGAUUACGGUGAUCAUGAUAACGUGUACAUUUAUUUCUCAGACUGUUAACUAGGAACGAGUGGUUUGUGUAGUUGAUAGAGCUGAUGAGUUUCCCUGCACUCCAGUGUCCCUGCUUCAGCUCACAUCAGAAGAACAAAUAUUACAGACGCUCGAAUCGUUCUGCUGACGCUCACGUUUGCUUUUGUGCCCCUUUGAAUUUGUGUUGUGCUUAAACUAAAUGAAUCGUCAGCUGCUGUGCACUUGUAGAGUGUUAAACAGGUUCUCUCUCUCUCUCUCUCUCCCUCUCCCUCUCUCUCUCUCCCUCUCUCUCUCUCCCUCUGCAUGAUGGUGUUUUAGCUUCUCAGUACAGUCAUGAACUAAUAUUCCCAUCCAUUAGCAGAUCUACAUUGUAAACAUGCAUAUCUGGCAUUGUUGUGAAAAAGUCUGUUUGAAAAAAAAAAACAACUACAAAUAAAAUGUUUUCAAAUUA